UAAAGUUUAGUGGAAUAGGGAAACGUAGGGAUGAUCAUUUUUUUAGAUCCGUCAUUAUCACGUCACAAUAACGAUGGCGUAAUAAUAGUCAUGACGUCACAAUAAUCUAUCCCAAAAAUCUCGCUGUUGGAAACAAGAAUACACACUGAAAAACAUCAUGGGUAUAUUUCAGAGUUGCCUUGGCAAACAUAACAGGGUAGGAGUGAUGGGGAAGGAAGAAAUGAAGGCGUAUGAAAAGGUUCGUCAGACAAUGAUCACGGAGGAUUUGACUGAGAGGAAGGGCGGUGUGGCCUUCGAUCUAACUUUCCUCACUGCGGAAUCAGCACUUAAGCUGCCGACCAGGCCUCCUAGCCGACUGACUACUGACAAAAAAGAGGAUUUUGAAAAAUGGAGAGAAAACCAAGAAAAGACACAGGUAGAAAAACAAGAGAGGGCCCGGCAGAAAAGAGAAGAGGCCAUCGUGCAGAAGAAAAUUGAAAGCGCCCACAAGGAAAUGGAGCGGCUUGAAAAAUACGUCAACAUCAGUGAUUAAUUUUGAAGAUGGACUUUCAUAAAUGAACUGGCAUAAAAUUUCCUCCAGGCAGAACAUUUUAUUUAUAUGGCCUGGCGAAAAAUGGACUGGCAUAAAAUUCAUCCAAAACUUAUUAUUUCUAAAUUACAAAUCAUUUGGACCCAAGGAGGGGACACCCGAGCUCUUUUAUCCCGCUGCUCUCUUUGGCUGUAAAUUUUAUAUUUUCGUUUUUUAGACCUAUCUUUAAAAUUUUCCAGAAUGUUGGCCUCAUAAACAGACGAGACUAACAUGGCUGACAAAAUUUUACUAUUCUAAAUUCAUCUUUGGCUUUUCCUUUCUGGUACCGAAGCAAGAGAGAUAGAUCGUGAUGCCGAGUUACCAGACCAAAAUUACUUCCAACUAUUUCGAACAUUUUGGCAUUUCAGGGAACUCCGUUUUAACAGGGGUUCCCUGUCAAAACUUUUGAAAUUGUAAAUGAAACAUCCAUUUUGAGAUGUCUUAAAGCUCCGUUGUCCUCUCCUUUCUGAAUUUCUUUUUGGCACGGAUAAUUGAACUUCUA